CCCGGAAGCUCUGUCCCUGAUGGGCACAUGGUUUGGGGACUGAAUUAUAGAAAGGCUGCAGUGAGACUUUUGAGGGACGUCAGCGAAUCACCUCCGAGUCUCUAAGCGGCUCUGCAGUCUCCCCAUCCCUGGAGUUCGGAAUGCUUUACUUGAUCGGCUUGGGCCUGGGAGAUGCCAAGGACAUCACGGUCAAGGGCCUGGAAGUUGUGAGACGAUGCAGUCGCGUGUAUCUGGAAGCCUACACCUCAGUCCUGACUGUAGGGAAGGAAGCCCUGGAAGAGUUUUAUGGAAGAAAAUUGAUUCUUGCUGACAGAGAAGAAGUAGAACAAGAAGCAGAUAAUAUUUUUAAGGAUGCAGAUGUCAGUGAUGUUGCAUUCCUUGUGGUUGGUGAUCCAUUUGGGGCUACAACACACAGUGAUCUUAUUCUGAGAGCAACAAAGUUGGGCAUCCCUUAUCAAGUUAUUCACAAUGCCUCCAUAAUGAACGCUGUAGGCUGCUGUGGUUUACAGUUGUACAGGUUUGGAGAAACAGUUUCUAUUGUGUUUUGGACGGACACUUGGCGACCAGAGAGCUUCUUUGACAAGGUGAAGAGGAACCGGGCCAAUGGCAUGCACACACUGUGCUUACUCGAUAUCAAAGUGAAGGAGCAGUCUCUGGAGAACCUCAUCAGAGGAAGAAAGAUCUAUGAACCCCCUCGGUACAUGAGUGUGAACCAGGCGGCCCAGCAGCUUCUAGAGAUUGUUCAGAACCAGAGAGCACGCGGGGAGGAACCAGCAAUCACUGAGGAGACACUCUGUGUCGGCUUAGCCAGAGUGGGAGCUGAAGACCAGAAAAUUGCAGCAGGCACGUUACAGCAGAUGUGCACAGUGAGCUUGGGAGAACCACUGCAUUCUUUGGUCAUUACAGGGGGCAACCUGCACCCACUGGAGAUGGAGAUGCUAAGUCUCUUCUCUAUACCGGAAUCCCAGAGUACUGAUGGACUCUGAACAUGGACAUUUUCUGUUGUCUCACGAUCAUUUCAGUGAGAUUGGGGUGUGUGUGAUAUUUAUAUGACAAAUGGCAUGGCUCUGUCAUUUAUGAAGAAGAUAUAACCGAGGUGACCAAGAAGAAGCAGGUUGAGCGACAGCGUUUGGUUUCCUGCAGCAGCUUCCCCCAUUCCAUCGUGAGUUGCCUACUCGUCAGGGUGCACACACGUGGGCAGACGGAGCUGAAAAAGGGAACCAAGUUGAUGCAAGGAGGUGGGGACCAAGAAUAAUGUGAGGAAACAAGACAAUGAAUCAUUUGAACUCUGUUUUUCAGGGACAAAGCAUCAUGAAUCGGCAAGAAAAGCAAAUAAAAGAUUGCUAACUCUUCA